ACGACCGCAGCUCCAACAACCACGACAGCCGCACCAACAACCACGACCGCCGCACCAACAACCACGACCACAGCUCCAACAACCACGACCGCAUUAUCAACUACCACGACCGCCGCACCAACAACCACGACCGCAGCUCCAACAACCACGACCGCAUUAUCAACUACCACGACAGCUGCACCAACAACCACGACCGCAGCUCCAACAACAACGACUGCAGCUCCAACAACCACGACCGCAGUUCCAACAACCACGACAGCCGCACCAACAACCACGACCGCAGCUCCAACAACCACAAGAGCGGCACCAACAACCACAACAGCGGCACCAACAACCACAACUGCAGCUCCAACAACCACGACCGCCGCACCAACAACCACGACCGCAGCUCCAACAACCACGACCGCAUUAUCAACUACCACGACAGCUGCACCAACAACCAUGACAGCCGCAUCAACAACCACGACAGCCGCAUCAACAACCACGACAGCUGCACCAACAACCACGACAGCUGCACCAACAACAAUGACCGCAGCUCCAACAACCACGACAGCCGCACCAACAACCACGACGGCAGCUCCAACAACCACGACCGCAGCUCCAACAACCACGACAGCCGCACCAACAACCACGACCGCCGCACCAACAACCACGACCGCAGCUCCAACAACCACGACCGCAUUAUCAACUACCACGACAGCUGCACCAACAACCACGACCGCAGCUCCAACAACAACGACUGCAGCUCCAACAACCACGACCACAGUUCCAACAACCACGACAGCCGCACCAACAACCACGACCGCAGCUCCAACAACCACUACCGCAGCUCCAACAACCACUACAGCAGCUCCAACAACCACAACUGCAGCUCCAACAACUGCAGCUCCAACAACUGCAGCUCCAACAACGACGACCGCAACUCCAACAACCACGACCGCAGCUCCAACAACCACAACAGCGGCAUCAACAAACACGACAGCGGCACCAACAACCACGACAGCGGCACCAACAACCACAACUGCAGCU